ACAUGAGCUAUUCCCGUGUCAAAGUUGGCCGGUUGGCUUGUCAUGUCUUUGUUGCUUCACCAGCGCCGCCAGAAACUGUGAAUUGAAGUGUGGAUCUGAUGGGAAACAAGCUGAUAUUGUCAUAACAGAGAGCAAAAGUUUUAACCUGACCCUCACAAGUCCAAAGAUCCUAAAGAUGGAGGAAAAGCUGAAUGGAUCACUGCCUGUUGUCUCCCCGGAGUAUCUUCAUCAGUGGGUUCGGUCCGCCCAGCAGUUCCAAGCCCUCCAGGCUCAGUACGCCAACUUCAACCCUCAGCAUCAGUUCCACUACCCAGAGAAUCCGACUGCAGAGGCGGCCAGGGCCCACAUGGCCAACCCAGAGCCCACCAUGGAGCAGACGGAACCUGCUGACCUGACUAAACCUCCAACUAAAAAGAGAGGUAGACCAGCUCAACCCAAGGAACCAGGCGCGCCAAAGCCCCCCAAAAUCCCCAAAGCCCCCAAAGCACCAAAACCCCCAAAGGUCCCCAAAGCACCAAAACCACCGAAGGACCCAAAUGCACCAAAAGCUAAACCAGGUCCAAAACCCAAGAAGGCAGCUAAGGCUCAGGGUGAGGGCAAGCAGGAGAAGAUCGACGAGAGCUUCAAGAAAGUGAAGAGGAAAGUGGACCGCUUCAAAGGGAUGACGGAGGAGGAAGUCAUGAAGAAGACAUUGCCUGACCUGCUGGAUUACAACCUGGACUAUGUCAUUAUUGGUAUAAACCCAGGACUGAUGGCAGCUUUUAUUGGCCGGUGGUUUCCAGGACCUGGAAAUCAUUUUUGGAAAUGCCUGUUUCUGUCUGGAUUCACCGAGGAGCAACUCAACCACAUGCACGACACGACGCUGCCGGUCAAAUACAAAAUGGGCUUCACCAAUAUGGUUUCCAGGGCAACCCCAGGGAGCAAAGACCUCUCAAGUAAAGAAUUGCGAGAAGGAGGUAAAAUUCUCGUGGAGAAGUUGAAGAAGUACAAACCGCUCAUUGCUGUGUUCAAUGGAAAAUGUAUCUAUGAAAUGUUCUGCCGGGAACUGUUUGGCAAGAAACCACAAAAGCUGGAAUUUGGUUUGCAGCCACACAAGAUCCCAGAAUGUGAUGUGGCCUUGUACCUGAUGCCUUCCUCCAGCGCCCGCUGUGCCCAGUUUCCUCGUGCUCAGGACAAGGUUCACUUCUACAUCAAGCUGCGGGAGCUCCGGGAUCAGCUGAAGGGCAUCCGGAAAGCUACCGAGAUCGAGGAAGUCAACUACACAUUCGAUCUUCAGUUAGCUAAGGAGGAUGCCAAGAGGUUAGCAAUAAAAGAGGAGCAGUACGACCCGGGAUAUGAGGACGCCUACGGUGGCGCGUAUGUGGAGAGAGGAGCUGAAGAAGGCCAGGCCAACAGCCAGACCAACGGUCACUGUACGCUCACGUCUACCGCAAACUCAGAAGGAGCACAGGAGGCGACCACAUCCCAAUCAGAGGGUCAGCUGCCAGACGGACAGUGGAUGACCCAGUCGUUUGCCGAUGAGAUUCCCAACAUCGGCAGCGGACCAAACGCCAGCAGCGCGUGAGGAAGACGAGAAAAGUCUUCGUUACCUUCCAGAGACAUUAGCUAACUCAGUCUCCAAACCGCAGUCGGUUAGGUUUUAGACGUUCCCCUUUUUUUUUUUUUUUUUUUAGC